AUGGAGAUAAUCAGAAGUAAUUUUAAGAGUAAUCUCCAGAAAGUGUACCAGGCCAUAGAGGAGGCUGACUUCUUCGCCAUCGAUGGGGAGUUCUCAGGAAUCAGUGAUGGGCCUUCAGUGACUGCGUUAACAAAUGGUUUUGACACGCCAGAAGAAAGGUAUCAAAAGCUUAAAAAGCAUUCCAUGGACUUUUUGCUGUUUCAGUUUGGCCUUUGCGCUUUUAAGUAUGACCACACGGAUUCAAAGUACAUAACGAAGUCAUUUAACUUCUACGUUUUCCCAAAACCCUUCAGUAGAUCUUCACCAGAUGUCAAAUUUGUUUGUCAGAGCUCAAGCAUUGACUUUCUAGCAAGUCAAGGAUUCGAUUUCAAUAAAGUUUUUCGCAAUGGAAUUCCAUAUUUAAACCAGGAAGAAGAGAGACAGUUACGAGAGCAGUACGACGAAAAGCGCUUACAGUCCAGUGGUGCUGGAGCUCUGUCCUUUGUGUCUCCUAACACUUCAAAGUGCCCUCUGAUGAUUCCCGAGGAUCAGAAGAAGUUUAUUGACCAAGUCGUAGAGAAAAUAGAAGAUUUAUUACAAAGUGACGAAAACACGAACUUGGACUUAGAGCCAUGCACUGGGUUCCAAAGAAAAUUGAUUUAUCAGACUCUGAGCCGAAAGUACCCCAAAGGCAUUCAUGUUGAGACGUUAGAAACGGCAAAGAAAGAGCGGUAUAUAGUUAUCAGCAAAGUGGAUGAAGAAGAACGAAAAAGAAGAGAGGAACAGAAACACGCGAAAGAACAGGAGGAACUGAACGACGCAGUGGGAUUUUCUAGAGUCAUUCACGCUAUUGCUAAUUCAGGAAAACUGGUCAUUGGUCACAAUAUGCUCUUGGAUGUCAUGCACACGAUUAACCAGUUCUACUGCCCGCUGCCUGCGGAUUUAAAUGAAUUUAAGGAGAUGACAACGUGUGUCUUCCCCAGACUCUUGGAUACUAAAUUGAUGGCCAGCACACAACCUUUUAAGGACAUCAUUAACAACACAUCCCUGGCAGAAUUGGAAAAGCGGUUAAAAGAUACACCUUUCAACCCUCCUAAAGUUGAAAGUGCAGAAGGUUUUCCAAGUUAUGACACAGCUUCUGAACAGCUUCAUGAAGCAGGCUAUGAUGCCUACAUCACAGGACUGUGUUUCAUCUCCAUGGCAAAUUAUCUAGGUUCUUUUCUCAGUCCUCCAGAAAUUUUCGUCUCUGCCAGAUCCAAACUCAUUGAACCUUUUUUUAACAAAUUAUUUCUUAUGAGGGUCAUGGAUAUUCCCUAUCUAAACUUGGAAGGACCAGACUUGCAGCCUAAGCGUGACCACGUUCUCCAUGUGACCUUCCCCAAAGAGUGGAAGAGCCGCGACCUUUACCAGCUUUUCAGUGCCUUCGGUAACAUUCAGAUAUCCUGGAUUGAUGACACGUCAGCAUUUGUGUCCCUCAGCCAGCCUGAACAAGUACAAAUUGCGGUCAAUACCAGCAGAUACGCAGAGAGCUACCGGAUCCAGACCUAUGCUGAGUAUGUGGGCAAAAAGCACAAGGAGAAGCAGAUCAAGAGAAAGUGGACAGAAGAUAGUUGGAAGGAGGUUGAGAGAAAGCGCUUGCGCACUCAGUGCAUAUCCUAUUCUCUAGAGAACCACUAUUACUGCACCAAUAGUUUUACAGCUAACAGCCCAGUAGGAAAGAGGACCCUGAGUCCAAGUCUAGAAGAAGUUGGCUUAGGGGACCGGUCGUCAGGGGAGAUUUCGGACCCAGAGCUUGAGAAGACAGAUCCCUGUGCAGAAACCCUCUCAGACGGGAGGAAAAAGGCCAAGAAGUUAAAAAGAAUGAAGAAGGAGCUUUCUCCAGCAGCUUCUAUAUCGCUCAUGAUCAAGAGGACCACGUCAGCCCCAAGGCAGGGACUUACCGAUGUCGCUGUGGAGAUCUCUAAUGAGCUGGCCCCAUCCAGGCGCCUCAUCAUGACCCUGGAUGUGUUUGAGCCCACUAUGGAGGCCCACGUAUGA